UGGCCGAUUUUCUUUCUCGGAGUGGCGACUGCUGUAGACAUGCAUUUUGCCACAUCGACACGUGAAAUGGCACCCCUGGUACAAGUAGAGGACGAAUUAAUAGGAUACAUGCGUCAGUAUGCGAGGGAAUUGCAGCUCAAAGUAAACAAAAUGAGGAUUUUCCAAAAAGAGUGGGCCACCAGAAGACAGCAAGGGCCUGCAGAUCCCACCAGCUAUGUGGCCAAUCCCCUGAUAAGUUUUCCUCUAAUGCGACGAAUGUACACAGAUGCUCCAAAGUUGCUAGAGUUUGCUAGAGAAGAGAUAGGCCUGGGCCCCCUUCAAAAGUUUUUGGACAGUGACUUAUCUAGUAUUUCAGCACUGGAUAUUAAAAUGGCUGCAACCGGUUUUAUGCGCUUUCGGGACGUUUACGGUCUAGAUGAAAGCGAAGUGGCCAAUGGAAAACUAUAUGGUAUACAAUACAACUCUAGGCUGAGUGCGGCAGAUUGCCUCGCUUUGGGCACUCAUUGGGAGAGUCUGCAGAAAGGUAAACUGGCGUGCAAAUGGCUAAGACUUGCUCUUGAGCAGUAUGAAGAUCACAUGGAUCCUGUAAACAGGUUACUUCAAUCAAGUCGUUCUCAAAUCUAUGAAAAACUAGGACUAACUUUGCUUUCUAUGCAUGACUUGCCAGCCAGUCAAUCUGCCCUAAGGAAGUCAAUAGAGUGGGCUUCCAAGGAUGAUAGUACUAGUCUGGCCAAUCAUUUGGUCGAUAACUUAACUCACAUGCUUGUGCAUGUGGACAACUGUCGUGGAAAGAACCCCCUUCCGAGGAACUCUGCUCUUCGUUGUCGUUACUUUUCAGAAGGCUCACCAUUUCUACGCCUAGCCCCUUUGAAACUUGAACACCUUAACCUCGACCCUUUCAUUGGCCUCUAUCACGAUGUUGUGUCGAAAGAAGAGCAGCAGGAUUUAAUGUAUCUUACACGAUCGAGGUUAGAGCACAGACAGGUAGAUCGCUCUAGCGCUGAGGCCGAAGUAGCGGCAAAUGCCUCUGAUCAUGUGAAGCGACUUCACCGAAGGAUUGAGGAUAUGACUGGUCUUGAUUUAAAAGAUAGCGAGCCGCUAACAGUCUCUAAUUAUGGCAUUGGAGGCCAGCAACUUAUCCACAUGGACUGCGAGCAGCCCAAGGAGUUUAUUGAACCUUUCACCAAAGAAUAUCGCACCGCCACUGUGCAGCUCUAUCUAAGUGAUGUGGAGAUGGGCGGUUAUGCUUCUUUUCCCGAUCUGAACAUUGGCCUUAAACCAAAAAGUGGCUCUGCAUUGGUUUGGCACAACAUCGACAACUCUGGGAAUUGCGACAUUCGAAGUUUAAAUGCCAUCUGCCCGGUGCUCCUUGGAACGCAGUGGGUGGCCAGAAAAAGGAUCAGUGGGUCAGGCCAGUGGCGCAGGAAACCCUGUCGGAUGUGAAGGAAAAGCGGUUUUCCAUUCAGUUUUUUUUUCCACUUUUGCGAUAAUUUAUUCAAUAAUUUUGUCGUUAUUUAUAUUAUGAUAAUAAAUUUUAUGCACU